AUGGACCCUCGAUAUUCACGGCCCUCGAGGCCUUCGACUGGCUUCUUGACCACGCCUUCUCAGACACCUGCACCGUAUGGAAGACCAUCCCCGUACUUCUCCCAAACAACAUCAAGAACGGGCACUGCCUCAGCAAACCCGAGAGUGGGCGGCUCUUACACGGCAACGCCGAUGCCUUCUUCGGCGGAAGACCCUGUUUCUGGUGAUGCCUACACCUCUAGUUACGAUUAUCGCAGUGAACCUAGUGGUACGAUAUCAAGAUCUCGCACAACCCGGCCGAGCACUUCCUACACCAGCCGCACGUCACGAACCCCAUUCCUGCCCAACAGCGACAAACACACCAUUGUGUGCGCGCUGAGCGAGGCUCGUGGAGUGACCCCUGCCGUUGGAAUCGUGUUCUUCAACAUUGAUACCGGAGAGGUAAUUCUAAGCCAGAUCUCUGACAAUAGGUUCUUCGUUCGAACCCUUCACAAGCUUCAAAUCAUGGAGCCAACUCAUCUCCUAAUCGUAAGCUCGUGCUGCCCGCCGAAUCCCAAGUCGAGGCUCUAUAGCCAUAUCGAGGAACACAUGCCGGAUACAACAAUUAAACCUCUUGACAGAAAGUACUGGUCAGAGAUAGAUGGGCUCAGCCGUAUUCAGACCUUCGCAUUCCGAGAAGACGCAGAAGCCGUGAAGGUGGCCAUUGAAGGCAGCUUCUACGCAACAUGCUCAUUUGCCGCGGCCAUGAGUUUCUUGGAGAUUGAGUUUUCCAUCAGAGUUGUUCCACACUCUCUUCGCAUUCGUUACCAGCCCUCGGAAGAUACCAUGAUGAUUGACGUAUCUGCCAUCAUGUCUCUUGAAGUUCUACAAAAUCGCCGCCAAGCUACAUCUAACGACAGCCUUUUCGGUGUUAUCAAGCACACACUGACCCCCAUGGGCGGUCGAGUGCUUCGAAGUAAUCUACUGCAACCGUCUACCCUCAAAGAGUCAUAUCUUGAGCCCAGAUAUGACGCUUUGGAGGAACUUCUUGCAAACCACGACAUGUUUGCAGAGGUUCGGACAGCUCUAAAAGCGUUUCCUGAUGUCGAGAGCAUGCUGACCAAGCUCGUCAUUAUUCCUAACAAACCGUCCGUCGAGGCAUCAGAAAGAGCCAUCAACCAUAUUCUCUUAGUCAAGACCUUCAUAGACGCCGUUCCUGCAGUUUUUCAGGCCCUGGGUCCUGCCGCGUCCCCUCUUCUCAGUAAAAUUAGAGACCUCUGCCGGCCGGAGUUGACUGGAGCAGUCAGAGAGCUUGUGUACCAGAGUAUUCACGAGGAUGUCCAUUACGCCAAAAGCGCCCUCGACCUACGAAAUCAAAGAACCUUUGCGCCUGGAAUCAACGGGCUUCUAGAUGUUGCCAGACAAGCUUACAAAGAGAAUACAGAUGACGUCCAUAAACACGUCGAAGAGUUGAACCGCGAGCACAGCAUCGACGCCAGCUUAAGGUUCGAUAAUGGGCGCAAAUAUAGCCUCCGAAUGCGGGCAGUGGAUUUCGAGGACCGGGCCGUACCUGCGGUGCUUGUCAACCAGACGAUGAAGGGUCGGCACAUCGAAUGUCUUACGAUGCAUCUCAAGAAAUUGAAUCAGAGAAUCGCCGACUCCGUUGCCGAGGUGGUCAUGCUGAGCGACAAAGUGAUCCAGGAUCUCAUUGACAGUAUUCGAACGCAAUUACAACCCCUCUACCGCGUCUGCGAUUCAAUUGCGCUGCUCGACAUGAUUACAUCGUUUGCACAGGCAAGUUCGACGUAUGAUUGGACACGACCUGGAAUAUCAGAUACGCUAGCUCUCAAAGCUGCGAGACAUCCAAUCAUGGACAAGACUUUGAAGGGCGGCUUUGUACCGAACGACUAUUACGCCACCGAGGAGCACCGUUUCCAGAUUGUGACCGGCUGCAACAUGAGUGGGAAAAGCACAUACAUCAAGAGUAUCUCUCUGCUUCAGAUCAUGGCUCAAAUUGGCUGCUUCGUGCCGGCUGAAUACGCUAGUUUUCCAAUCGUUCACAGUAUCUUUGCUCGGGUGACUACUGACGACAACAUCGAGUCUAACAUGUCAAGUUUCUCGCUAGAGAUGAGAGAAAUGGCAUUCAUUCUCAGCAAUGUCACCCACCGAAGCAUCGUCAUCAUCGAUGAGCUAGGCCGAGCCACAAGCACGAGAGAUGGGCUCGCCAUCGCGAUUGCCAUAGCCGAGGCCCUCAUACAGAGUCGUGCUAUUGUGUGGUUUGCAACUCACUUCACAGAGAUUGCCGACGUCCUAGCCGAUCGUCCUGGAGUACUGAAUCUUCACCUUAUCACGCAGGUCUCGACGACAGACAACAAUGUACCCAAGAUGACUAUGAUGUACAAAGUUGAGUCGGGGAAGACUGAAGAGUUGCUGUAUGGCAUUACCCUUGCAAAGGCAAUGGCGUUUCCCAAGCGUUUUCUUGAGGUUGCGGAGCAGGUUGCCACAUCGUUGCGUGAACGAAGGGAACAGAACAAACAGUCCUCACAGGCGAGAAAGAUGCUCAACCGGCGUAAACUUAUUCUCAAUCUACACGAACAGUUGAAGCAGGUCAGUAACUCUGAGAUGGACGAGUCAUCAAUGAGAAGCUACUUGAUACGUCUCCGUGAGGAGUUCGUUUUGCGGAUGGACGUCAUCGAGAACGGGGGAAAUCAAAGCAGCAGCACCAUCAGUGAGGCUACUUUAGACGAGGAGGAUGAUGAGUUUGAUGAUGAAGACGUCUUCGAUGCUGUCGAUGUCGAGUCUCUCUGGAGCAGCUAG